UGCGAUGUGACAGUUUUUCAUUCCUGGCGGUGGCAGCGACAUUCUGCUUGUAACAACGUCGACACCAGGUCCUCAGAAUGAAGACUACCACACUGUCCACAGUCAUGUUGCUGAUGCUGUUGAUGGCAGUGGCCCUGGGGAGUGUGAUCGUUGAUGAACUGAAAUACCCCUUCGCAGUGAACUGUGAAGAACCCAGAAUAUGUACACCGGAUCUGAUUCCCUACUGCAUCAAGGGCCGGAGAGAUCCCGUGCGUGGACAUUGUGAGUUACAGGACGCCAUCUGCAAUGGCGAGGAGUUGGACCCCAGCAACAGCUGCUUUCUGCCCUACCCUGUCAGGUGCGACCGACCGGCCGGCCAACGCCCUGCUUUCGUGACCUCCGACCCUUCUGUGUGGUGGGACGGUCGGAGCCCGUGCGAGGUCACUGUGCCAUCCAGAGGGCCAUUUGUGACGAAAACGCGGUGCUUGAUGUCAGCAACAGCUGCAUGGAGUGAGACAAGCCUCUCCUUUCGUUAAACAUGUGCAAUUCAUUUGUUUAUUAUCUGUACUUACAAUAUUACCUUUAAUAAUUUUGUAUUAAUGAUGUGCAAAUAAAACUAUAUAACUUCC